AUGUAUAUUCAUAUUGGUCUUCUAUUAACAAUUGUUAUUGUUAUUCCAUCUAUACCUGCUCGUCAAGCUUAUGAACUUCGAUGUCGUGCUCUUACUGAAUGUUCUCCAAAUGAACAAAAAAAUCUUAAUACUUUAUUUACUGAAAGUCAAUUUAAUGAAAAAUGUUUAGCUAAUAGAACAAAAUUAACAAAAUCAUCUCUUCCAUUCUUAUAUAUGUCAACACUUCAUCAAUUAAUUUAA